AGUGUGUGCUGGGUAGUGUGCGAGAGAGGCAGGGUGUAGGAGCAGCACCCUCCCGUCACACACCUCACGGGACCUCUCUGCUUGGCACAGGCUGCGUUGAUAAAUGUGAACUGACGUUGGCCGACGCCAGAACCCAAGAUGCAGUAGACGUCUGGAAGCCACCCCAAGAUGCAGUAGACGUCUGGAAGCCACCCCAAGAUGGAGUAGACUUCUGCAAGACACCCCAAGAGGCAGUAGACGUCUGCAAGACACCCCAAGAGGCAGUAGACGUCUGGAAGCCACCCCAAGAUGGAGUAGACUUCUGCAAGCCAGCCCAAUAUGCAGUAGACGUCUGGAAGCCACCCCAAGAUGCAGUAGACGUCUGCAAGACACCCCAAGAUGCAGUAGACGUCUGCAAGACACCCCAAGAUGCAGUAGACGUCUGCAAGACACCCCAAGAGCCGAAGUCACCAGCGCCCCUCCCCCCACAGCCUGACUAUGAUGUGUCGACGGGCGCCGAGUCCCGCCCCGCUCUUCUACUUCUUUCUCUGCUGCUGCGUCUUCGGUCUUGCACAGUACAGUGUAUUUACACCGAGGGUUGUGGGCGUGUCUGAGGCUAAACGCCACGCCCGCGCCACCGCCCAGCACGUGGGCGUGGGGCAAGGCGACACCCAAGAAACUGCCCAGGACACAUUCCUUCAGUUCAACGCUCUGGGGCGGUCUUUCAACUUCAGAUUACUGCCCAACAGCGAUCUCAUAUCUCCUGAUUUCGUGGUGAUCGGUCGUCAUGGAGACAAGGCGGACAUCCAAGAAGUGGACAUUGAUCAACUGGACUGUUACUACCAGGGGGUCGACGAGUCCCAGGGUCUCUACAACACCUCUAUCGCUGUGGAACUCUGCGGCCAAGUGCGGGGCGUCAUAACCAGCCCAACGGCAGAGUAUGUUAUCGAACCCCUACCUGAAGACGUCAAGCGAAGGCGGCGUCGACGCCGCACAGUCACCCAGGGGCAGGAGGAUCUCACAUCCUACACUCACAUCUUGUACAGGAAGGAGGACAACGCAGGAUACACUGUGGAGGCCAAGGCGUCUCGGGCCCGGAGGUCUUUCCUGCCGGCGUCGUCGUCGUCGGGGGAGGAGGAGGGGGAGCGGCUGCCGACGCCCCGGGCUUUACUGGGGUCGCGUUCGGAGCGGCGCAGCUACUACGACAGCUACGACCACGUCGUCGACUCAAGAAUGCGGUCUGAGUGGGACACCGGAGGCGACGACAACUACGACGGGCGCUCCUACGGCGAUGGGAGGGAGCGUCGGGGCGAGGACCUGUACAUCGAGACGGCGGUGUUCGUGGACAGGGACCUGUACCGUCACAUGCAGGACAACUUCCCCACCAACACUGAAGACCAGGUCCUCCGGGUCGUCCUCGCCAUGGUCAACGCGGUGCAACUGCUCUACAACGACGACUCCCUCGGCCACGAGGUCAAGUUCGUCUUCUGCACGUGGCAGCGGCAGGAGAACCCGCCGGAGGACACCCACGCCCUCCACUGGGACCACGCCCUCAUCCUGACGGGCCUUGACGUCUACACACUCACCUCCAGCGGCAAGCUCAACUCUCAGGUCGUGGGUCUGGCGCCGGUGGCCGGCAUGUGCACCCGCUCCAGCUCCUGCACCGUCAACGAGGGCCGCCACUUCGAGUCCGUCUACGUCAUGGCUCACGAGAUUGGCCACAACCUGGGGAUGCGCCACGACGGGCUACAGGCCGGCAACAACUGCGACCCCGGCAGGUACCUCAUGUCCCCCACGCUGGGGUCAGGCAAGAUCACCUGGUCCCCUUGCUCCAGGAGGUACCUCGACCACUUCCUCAGGUCACAGCAGUCGUCGUGUCUGCGGGACGUGUCUGCUCCCGAGGGUCACCAGAUGGACCACGAGGCUAGCUCCCCACCCGGCCAGCGCUUCUCAGCAGACCAACAGUGCAUGCUGAAGCACGGAGCGGGGAGUCACCACGCCGACUCCCAGCCUCUGGAGGAGAUCUGUCAGGACCUGCACUGUCGCCGCGACCACUACACCUGGACGUCCCACCCAGCCCUCGAGGGCACCUCCUGUGGCAACCAUAAGUGGUGCAAGCGAGGACGGUGUCAGGAGAACUCCGAGGCUCCAGCCCUCUCGCCGUCAGCCUCCCUCGUGUCGUCGGCGUCCCAGGGAGCGUCCGGGAGCGUGGGAGGGAAGUGGGGGGCGUGGUCCGAGUGUCGCUCCGCCUGUCUCUACGGCGUCGACGGCGUCCUCUCCUCUGGCAGCUCGGGCCUCGCCUUGUCUGAGAGGCGGUGUGGGUCGCGAGCCUGCAGAGGGGAGUAUCGGUACCGCCUGUGCUCGGAGGUGGAGGAAUGUGGCGCAGGACAGCGGAGGACCCUGCAGGACUUCGCCGACGACACCUGCAGAGGGCGGGCCAGAAACUCUGCUUCCCUGACGGGGCUGGCGGCCAGGGUGCCUGUUGAAGGACUGUCUCAGUGUGAGGUGGAGUGUGAGACGACGGACCGCGAGAUGGAGGCCUCCGGCAAGAGCUUCCCGGACGGGACCGUCUGCCAGUCAGCUUCCUCCCUCCCCGCCUUCUGUGUCGCCGGCGUCUGUACUGAGUUCCGGUGCGAGUCUAAUGCACUGUACGGAGCGGACCCCCUCACCUGCCGCCCUGACGUGGGGACCCCCGACCCUCACCGGCCCCUAGGGCCCAGUGACUACCGGCCCUCGGCCACGGUCGCCCCUUCCUUCUCCAGACCUGACUUCACACCGCCCCACUGGGGGCCCUGGAGGCCGGCCUCCACCUGUCGCUUCAGCUGCCUGACGCCGCCGGCCAGAGGCAUCCAGCUGGUGAGCCGGAAGUGCCAGGACCGGGGAUGUACCGGGGUCAACAAGAACAUCCAGAUCUGCACCCCGGCCAGCCCGGACUGCGAGGUCUUGAAGUCUACAUUUGAGUACGCGAGCGAGGUGUGUGGUCGCUUCAAGUCCGAGGUGGACCAGCUCUCUGGAGUGGGUAUGCAGCUGGCUAGUACUAAAGAAGACCCAGACCGCUCCUGUACCGUAGCUUGUCAAGACGCCAGUCUCGACUACCGGUUUUACCGUGUUAACGGCAGGGAGGGAUGGUUCCCCUUCGGCACCGACUGCUCCAAGGGCCGCCACAGCCAUACCCCCUCCUACUGCCUCAAUGGCAAGUGUCUGGACUUCUCGAGCGAGGGGACGCCUCUGAGGAACACCAUCUACACAGAAUACGAGAAGUCUCGCUCGCUUGACUUGGAGCCCAUUAUCGAGAGGGACUUUCCCAGAGAGUCACGCCCCAUGUCCUCCCGCGGGUGGCACUCCUGGGGGCGUCGCCGAAGGCACGCGACGCCUUCGUCGUCCUCCUGGCGACGACGAAGGGACGUAAGUCCUUCCUCCCACCCGAUCUCGAGCACCAUCAGCGACCAGCUCCUCCUCACCCUCGUCGACCAGAUUAACCACACUUUGUCGACAAGGUUGAGAGGCGGAGAGCAGGCGCACACUCGCUCCUCGAUAGAUUUCAAGAACCCGUUGUUUGUGGACGAAGUUCCUUCUGCUUCUGAUGGUGUUGGUGGUGCUGUGAGGAAGCACCUCACCGUCACGCUCAAGGCAAACUCCUUCACACUGACCCCUCUCAACCCACCCUCCUCCAACACCAGCGACACCGCCUCCUUCGACCAGGAGGUGGUGGUGGGUGCCCGCGAGUACCGGUGGCUGGUCUCCGUGUCUCCCUGCUCGGUCACCUGUGGCACCGGCCUGGAGGAGGUGGUGGUAUCGUGUAUGGAGGUGAGGAGAGACGUCGGAGCCAGCAGGCUGGUGGAGGCCCUGGAGGCGUCCCUGUGCUCCCCAGCGGCCCCUCCUGCGCUGCCAGGAUUUAGGAGCUGCGGUGGAGGAGGGGCGUGUCCGGCCUCGUCCCCCCACACACCACUAGACCAAACCACAGUCAUUGGUCGUUGGCUACUCGGACUCCUGAACGACAUCAGAGCGAGUAGCAGUAGACGUAGUAAUAGUAGCAGUAGUCGUAGUAGUAAUAGUACUAGUAAUCUAAAUACUAGGAGCUGAUUCUACCUUGUUAUAUACCCCUAAACGUACACAGAUUGUUGUUGUUGUGUUGUGAGUGGAUCACAACCCAGCCUCCUGUACUAAUAGUACUUUUUGCGACUAUGUGGUUGUUCAUACCAAUAUAUAGAAACAGAGCCCCAGUGAACCACUUUUUGUACGUUUUUAUAGAGAAAAUAGUUAAAAUCCAAACCUAAAUAUUCCUAGGCCAAGCAUAGCAUAUACAUGCACGAUAUUAGAUUUAAGAUAGUGGGUAUUAGGCCUGGGUGUGACAGGUGUUAGGGCUCCUGUGUGUGACAGGUGUUAGGGCUCCUGGGUGUGACAGGUGUUGGGGCUCCUGGGUGUGACAGGUGUUAGAGCUCCUGGGUGUGACAGGUGUUGGGGCUCCUGGGUGUGACAGGUGUUG